AAUGUGUACGAAUUUAACGAAAUCUGAUACAUUUCCCACAGGAUGCGAAAGGAGCUUUUCUCUUCAUCGGACAGCUACAGAUCCUGGCGUUUACUCUUAUCAAAUUCCUGAUAGGUUGGUUUUGGUUCCGUCGGCUGUAGAGAAACAAUCGUCUGGCUUAAUAAGAGACGUUUUCUAUGAAUGUAAAAAAUUAGCAUCUUACGCUCUUCCACUCUCCUUCUCCUUCAACUGUCUUGUCUUCAAAAGUAAACCUUUAAUCAAUAGACAAAAUGAAUAUGGUAUAGUUGUUGUUUUGUGCCCAUCAAGCCAUGGAGUAGAGGAUCAAAGGUGGAGGAACUAUGGCGAAGCAGAGCUUAUUGGGGCAUGCUUUGCUCCUAAAUUUAUUAAACCAGGUAAACUUCGAAUACGACUGGUAUCAAACUACAUUAAACCGGAUAUUGUGCAGGACGAAGCAGGAUUUUUUAAAGAGGAGAAUCAUUUUAGAGGUGGACAAGUGGAAAAACAAUUCGCAUGCUUGAAUAAGGGAAAUGGUGAUUUAUGCACGGGUAAAGUAGUGGUUGAGAGCGUUAGAGGGGAAACAAGCGAAACAAUCUUUGAAAUCAACUUAUACUGGAAGAAUAAAAUAACACCUGAUAUAAAUGAUACUGAUGAACAAUGGGCUCUUUUAGCGAUCAAGGAAUUAGCUUGUAUGCUUCGAAUAAAUGACGAAGAAAACUGGCGUAUUUUAGCUCAUGAAUUGCACGUUAGCGAAGCUGAAAUCUCGUACACCUUAACACCCUCCCCAGAUCCGAUUGCAAGAUUAUUUUUAUUAUACAAACGACGCGGUGGAACACCUCAGCGAUUCGUGCAAUCAUUGUAUGCUGCCAGUAGGCUUGUUAGUGUCUCAUCUUCCCUACCAACUCGAACGGUAGAAACAAAUGUUUCCGACUUGAAUAGUGACGAAGUAAAAAAGAGAAUUCGAGAAGCUCUACGUAAUAUAGAUGACAAAGAUAAGACAGAAGACGACGAGGAUGCAACCAUCAUAUUAUCUCAAGCCGAUUGGAAUAAAGAGAUGUACGCACCUCUGACCCCUCCAAUAUCACCAAUGAAACGCAAAUCUAGUGAAGAAGACAGGGUGAAUUUUAAGAAGCGUUGUGCCCAAUGA